AGAGGCGGAGGAGGAGAAGGGGAGGAGAAAGAGGCGGAGGAGGAGGGGGAGGAGAAAUAGAAGAAGGAGGAGGAGAAAGAGGAGGAGGAGAUGAACAACUUACCCCGCUGAGCUUUCUUUGGGGAAUACGUGCAUCAAGAUUGAGAUCUCCAUGUAAAAUCUAUACAAAGUAUCUGCCACUACAGGUCUGACUCUCCUCCCCACCCCCCACCUCGCACCACCGUUUCUUUUUUUUUUUUUUCUCUCUCUUUCUUUCUUUCUUUUUUCCUUUUUUUUUUUUUUUUUUUUUUUUUUUUUCUUUCCGUUUUCUCUGCUGUGUCAGAAAGACCGACACAGAACUAUCUGUUUCUGGCUCCACUGCCAGUGAAGGAGUUUUCAUUCAGACUUUCCGAAGAGAGGUGGAGAAACCUAAAGACUCAGGAGAAGAAGAGGUCUUUUGAGCCAAAUGGGGCUUUAGUUCUUCUGCUUUCCACAGCAUGGAUAAACCCUUUCCUCAAGGAUUUUCUGAUGUGCCCUAAGGUCCAUGUAACUAGAAGGGCUAUUUAUCACCACAAGUGCCACCCUGACCCCAAACCACUCAGAAGUCAAGAAUCAAAGGAAAAUGGAUGCCGCCGUGACGGACGACUUCCAACAGAUCCUCCCGAUUGAGCAGCUGCGCUCUACUCAUGCUAGCAAUGAUUACGUGGAGCGGCCCCCGGCCCCCCGUAAGCAGGCCCUCUCCAGCCCCUCCCUUGCAGUGCACACUCACAAGUCCGACUGGUCCCUGGCCACCAUGCCUCCUGCUCUUCCCCGCAGUCUCAGCCAGUGCCACCAACUGCAGCCCUUGCCUCAGCAUCUGAGCCAAUCCAGCAUCGCCAGCUCCAUGUCCCAGAGCACCACUGCCUCUGACCAAAGGCUCUUGGCCAGCAUCACGCCCUCACCUUCAGGCCAGUCCAUCAUCCGAACCCAGCCCGGAGCAGGGGCCCACCCAAAGGUCGACGGUGCUCUGAAGGGAGAAGCUGAGCACUCCGCAGGGCACUCCGGGGAGCACCUCUUCAUUUGCGAGGAGUGUGGGCGCUGCAAAUGUGUCCUCUGCACAGCGGCUCGUCCUCUCCCCUCCUGCUGGCUGUGCAACCAACGUUGCCUUUGCUCUGCUGAGAGCCUCCUCGACUACGGCACAUGUCUCUGCUGCGUUAAGGGCCUCUUCUACCACUGCUCCACCGACGACGAAGACAACUGCGCCGACGAGCCCUGCUCCUGCGGGCCCAGCUCGUGCUUCGUCCGCUGGGCAGCCAUGAGCCUCAUCUCCCUCUUCCUCCCUUGCCUGUGCUGCUACCUGCCUACCCGUGGAUGCCUCCGUCUGUGCCAGCAGGGCUACGACAGCCUCCGGCGACCAGGCUGCCGCUGUAAGAGGCACACCAACACUGUGUGCAGAAAAAUCUCUUCUGGUAGUGCACCAUUCCCCAAGGCCCAGGAGAAGUCCGUAUGACCUUCCCACAACACGGAGCCAGAGCUUUCUCCUUCUUGCGCCCGUUAGGAAAGUGCAGGCCUCAUCUCUGGAGAGGGGGAGAAGGAGUAAAGCAGCCAAAGUUAGGGCCUCACCAGUUUUGCUCCUGCAGUGUCAGGGAAUGGCCGAGUACAUCCUGGCGCAGGAUGCCUUGUUCUUUCUCACAGUAUCUAUCCCACUUUUCUUCAAACUUCUUACACCUGGCCAUUUUAGCCAUGUGGCUGUCCUGGCAAAUUCAGGUGAUACAUAGGCAAGAGAUUCGGACACGGAGGACUGACAGAGCCAGCAACGUGGAGGGUUAGGGGCUCCCCAACAUAAUGCCUCUUGAUGCAGGCUCUGAGCAUCCCUCCACUGUCCACAGUGCCUUUGGAAACUCUCUUCUAAGACGGUUUUCAGGGGUGCAUGUGGAACAGUGUUCGAUAUUCCAGGGAAUCCGACCCCUUCCCCCUGUUUACUGCCCUUCUCUUCUCUUGUUCUUCGUUCCUUCCCCCUUCAUUCCAGCUUGAUUCUUACUUUUCAUUCCAUUUCUUUCUCCCUCCCUUCCUCUACUGCUUUCCUCUCUCUCUUUCAGACUGACCCGUUCUCUACUUGUAUCUCCAUCUUGUUUGAUCUAUCUUUGUCUCUCUCUACCUGUCCUUUCUCAACUACGUCCAAAAGUGCUGUUUUUCCAUAGGUGUUUCCUUUGACGCCAAACUUUGCUAUGCUAUACUAUUUACUAAAUUUUAUUAAGGGAAAUGGAUUACUGUAAUGAACUGAUCACUAGCAAUAGUCUAUAUCCUGACAUGUGUGUGUGUGCUCAUAACCACACUCACCUGUUUGUGAACACACGAGGCAAAAAUUAAUCUUACAUUUCCAGGUUUAACGAGCUGGAGUUUUACUCCCUUUCCCAAUAAUCGACUUAUAGUACUGACAGAUUCAACUAGCAUGCAGAGUAGGAUAGUAAAUCAGGAUGCUCAUAACUUUGUAUGUCUGACCCAAGUGCCAAAGGCAGACGUGCUUUAUAGCUAAAUGAACAAAGCAAGGGAUAUUACAGAGGUCUGUUCUCUCUUAGAAGCUAACUGCCCUGAGACUGCAUGGCUCAGGCCUUAAUUAUGGACAUAAAAAGUCAUAAAACUUUAGAGCUGGAAGGAAUCUUAACUGUUAAUCUAGUUCAAUGCCCUUAUUUUGCAGAUGGGAAAACUGAGGCCUGGAGAUAGGAAGGCCACACACUGAGAUCAUAGCAGGGUUGAGACUGGAAAAAAAGUCUUCUGACUUCUAGUUCAAUAUUCUGUACUCUACAUCACAUUAGGACAUGGGACUUUUCUCUUAGGAUUCUAUUAACAGUGACAGAAAGCCAUUGUCAUUCAAUUUUUCUGGAACCACGCCAAGUUAGUGUGGUGGUCUUUAUGCAGUGCAUAGUGGGUAGCUAAUUAACUAUCAGGUGUUGAGGCUGCCCGCAGUGGACAUCUCCUUUGACUUUGUCACCUGUAGAAGCUCCAGUGUGCAAAACAAAACAAAAACAAAACAAGGAAUCCCUAACCAAGCUCUAUCUUCGCCUACUUUUUGCUGCACAUGUCGUGCUCGCUCCUGGCUUUGUCUGCGAUGGCAAUUGCCUGAGAACCUAAAUUUCAGCAGCUGGAAAACUGAGAUGAAUGACAUAUAAAGCAGAGAACUGACUUCUCUUUUAAAAAUAUACCAAGAGCCUGUGUUGUGAAUCCACUUCAAUGGGAAAAGGCUGCACUGGGGAUGGCAGGCUCCUAAAGACUCAAGAAUUAGAUCCAGUUUCCCUCUGUAAGUGAGUCCAAAAUUCACUGAGGAAUUCAGAGAUUGAGGGCACUUGCUUGAAAUCAAGGUGCUCCAACUUAGUUUAAGACUUCCAGACUCCAACUUUAUAGAUCAUAUCUUUUAAAGUGUGCAUGGAUGUGUACUGCAGAGCGGCGAGGUGGGAGAAAUGUAUAGUCAUACACAGGGGGAAGAGGGAACAUCCACAUCCCUUUGUUGGAUAUAUGCUAUAGAAAUAUGUGCCACUCACUUUGUGUUGGUUCUGAAUCUUCCUGAAGUGUACUGACACAGCCCCAUGCUUUCACUUUCGCCUCCUCUUCUAGAAUUGCUUUGCUCUAUUUUUGUAUAUAUAAAUAUGUUAUGAUGAUUAUUAAUAAUGUUAAUGAUAUUGCUGCAAAUGGUGCCAUAUAUAAGGUUUGGCUUCUUGGAACAUUAUAAACCCAAACCAAUACCUGUAACCUCUUAAGUUGCUUUCAGAUCCUUCCAUUUUAAGUAACUUUUUAAAAUCUUAACGAGUCUGCCUGAUUGAACUUUGACUUAUCUACUCCUAAAAGCUGUGCCCAGCUCUCUGGCUGGAUCCAGCUGGAUAGUGAUGAGUAGCAACACACCCUUCUCCCCGCUUAUGCCUGAAAUUUGCUUAGAGCUGAGAUAUAUAAGGGUUCUAUGACACUAGUGCAUUGUUCCUGGAGCUAAAUUUAUUCUAUGGAUGUUUGCUUAUUAGUUUCAGGGCCCAAAACAACACAAGUCCCUCCUCCUUCAUAGCUCCUUGAUAUCCCAAUCCUGCAGUCCUUACUCAGGCAAAUUGUGCACUGCCAGAGGGGCCCUGGGCUCUGCCAUACACCCAGAAGAGCUCUUCUCAGUGUAUUUCUAAAUGGCCUUACACUUGGUAGAAGAAACUGAAGGGUUACUCAAUGCAAUUGCAAUGUGCAAUCUGCUGCUGAGUCAGGGCUUUGCCUUGUGUCCAAGUUGGCCUGAUACGGGCUGCAUCUGGUUUACGUAUAGAUGGGUCCUUUUGGGGUAUGUGUACAGACGUGUGAGUGUGCAUAUGUACCCUUCUGUGAAAUUUUAUGUAUAUAUAUAUAUAUACACAUAUAUGUUUGUGUAUAUAUAUAUAUGUGUGUGUGUGUGUGUGUGUGUGUGUAAAUAUAUAUAUUCACACAUCUCUAUAUAUUUUAAUGUAUUGCACAUGUAUAUUUAAAAUAUAUAUAAAAGAAGUCUAAA